GUGCUCAGACUGCUUGGUGCUUAUGCGCAUCUGGCGAAGCCUGCAGUACAGCUUUGUCACUAACCCUACCUACCCUUUGCUCACACACAUUUUUGAUCAUACACUAACCACAGCUUUUUGCACUAACAGUUGGAUUACUCAUUGGACCUCGUGGAAAUACCCUCAAGAAGAUGGAGUCUGAGUCCGGCGCAAAGAUUGCGAUUCGUGGCAAGGGCUCCGUUAAGGAGGGUAAAGGGCGAUCUGACGCAGCUCACACCAGCAACCAGGAGGAGGACCUGCACUGCUUGAUCAUGGCGGAUACCGAGGAGAAGGUCAACAAGGCCAAGAAGCUCAUCCACAACGUCAUUGAGACUGUAAGUUUUCCCAAAUCCCGCUGCAGUCUUGAUACUAACAAUCUGCAGGCUGCCUCCAUCCCCGAAGGCCAGAACGAACUCAAGCGCAACCAGCUCCGUGAGCUCGCCGCCCUCAACGGUACCCUCCGUGACGACGAGAACCAAGCUUGCCAGAACUGUGGUGAAAUCGGUCACCGCAAGUACGACUGCCCCCAAAAGCAGAACUUCACUGCGAGCAUCAUUUGCCGUGUCUGUGGACAAGCUGGUCACAUGGCUCGUGAUUGUCCUGAUCGCAAGGUUGGACAGCCGUGGCGCAAUGACAACCGCUUCGGCGGCGACCGCCCUCAAGGCCGCAUCGGAGGUGCUCCGGAGAACGAACUGGACGCUUUCUUGUCCGAGAUGGGCGGCGGUGGUGGGCAGCCUCGUGGAGCUAUCGAGUACAAUGGCGGGGGUGCUGGCGGCGACAGCUAUGGAGGCGGCGAGCGCAACCUCAAGCCCUGGGAGCGUGGCCCAACUGGCGGUGCUGCACCCUGGGCGCACAGCGACAGCCGUGGCGACCGUGGCGACAGCAACUCAGCUGCUCCUCCGCCCUGGGCUGGAGCUGGUGGAGCUGGUGCCGGCGCUGGUGGCUCCUACGACCAGAGCGGCGGCUACGGCAACAGCGGCGCCGCACCGUGGGCCUCUGCUGCUCCAGCUGCUGGAGCUUCGUACGGCUACGGAAACUACGGAGCUGGCUACGACCAGAGUGCUGCCGCGACGGGCUACGGUGCCCCUGGCUACGGCGCUCCUGGCUACGGCGCUCCUGCGGCUGCUGCCGGCCCUCCUCCUGGUCUGGGUCCUCUGUUUCAAAACUACGGAUCAGCUGGAAGCCCGCCUCCUCCUCCGCCACCGUCUGGCUCAGUGCCUCCACCACCUCCUCCGGGUGACGUUCCUCCUCCGCCUCCGCCUGGCGAUGUCCCUCCUCCACCUCCUCCCCCAGCCUAAACGUUGCGCGAGCUUUAGUCUAAAUGUAGUAGUACUUGAGGUUUAGGCGGUUGGUUUCUUGGUAUAAAAGCAAUACUUACAGUCUAACUUUCAGAGAGUAGUUC